GCGGCAAUGCCGCCUGGAUAAAUUCUUUGAUCUGCUCGAGCUGCUGCGGCGUGAAGCCACCACCGUCCGGCUAGGAUUCCUGGAAUUCUGCCCUGCGAAAGGAACGGAAAAGUUGCCCGCGUUGAUGGAAUCUCUGCAAGUUUCGCGCCUCACGACUGCAAAGGUCAAGUUGCCCAUCGGCCCGGCCCUCACGCUCGAACGCCGGACCCUUUUCAAGAUGGGCUUGCCCAACGAUGAGGCCAUCGCCAAGUUCAACGGCGAUCAUGACGAGGCCGCCACCUUCCCCUCGCAAGAGGCCAUGGACGUCGCCGCGGCGCCCAAGGGCGCCGCCCGCCCAGGCAAAGGUGUCUUUCACCCCAUGCUCGACCAGAUACGGGAGGAGCUGUCCGGGGACCUCGGGGAGCCCUUCGCGACGACGAUCACCACCAACCUGUCCGAGUCGAACAAUUCCAUCCUCGCCCUUGUCGACCAACUGCGCGCGCAGCUGGCUCAGCGACCUGCGCAGCUCGACCAGCCGAUCUUCGCGACGGCGCGGCCCCAGGGGCCCACUCAGAAGUUCCGUAUCAAGUUCAAGUUCAAGGGGCUGGUCGCCCCUGCCUCUCGGAUGGUCGCCCAAGUCUCGUCGCCGCUGCGCUCCAAUAGCGCGUGGAAAGAGUUCCCGGUCGAUGUCCCCGGGGCGGAGAAGUGUCGCGUGCAUCUUGGGCCUGACAAAUCACCGCGGCAGAUUCGCAGCGAGAUCCUUCUGCGGAGGGCACGCGCCCUUGUCUCCGAAGCUCAUCCCGCAUUUCGGCCGUUCUCUGACCGCGAGAAAACGACCUUGGCAGCGGGCUGGGGCCGCAUCAUGCGCACCCAGGUGCACCCCGAUGCCCCAGCCGAGCCCUUCCGGGACAUGCAGAAGCUCGAGAAGCACCACCUUGUCAAGCAAGACUUCGUCGACGUGCUGGCCCCAUUGGUUGCUCCUGAGUCCGAGCCCGCGCGAUGUGAUGAGGCGCGCCUUGACAUCUUCAGUGUACACAACCAUGGGCUCACUAGAGCAGAGGUGAGCGAGGUCGCGCGGGCGCUCGUCGCCGCCAAGACAGCUGCCGCUCGAGCUCCGUCCCAGAGGCUCGCCAUAGAGGCCGGGUGCUUCGAUUCCGCGGCGGAGGAGGCGGCGCUGCACCACAUGCCGAUGGCGGUGGCGCGUCGCGCCGCGAGGUGUCGGAUCGGCCUAUCUCUGAUCACGCAGCGGCGCCCUGCACUAUCACCCCUCGCCCCGCUCGCCCCCCAGAAGAAUGACCCCUCGCCAAGCAUCUGCCCCGUGAACCGAACUAUCAGGAGCGGCUCCAGGCGAUGCUUGCGCGCGCAGACUGGGACGGCAUGCCCCUACUGUUUCGACUUGAGCCUUGCAAAUAUCUCAUGGGAGAAGUUGCUGGGGACGCUUGUGAUCUGGCAUUCCACCAUCGUCCGCACCAUCAUUCCUUGCCGCAGCUCGCUCGUGCGAUUUGGCGCCAAGAUGCGCCUCUGGCGCGGAGAUUGGUCGAGCCCCGCCCCAUCGCCUCCGACUCUAUCCAGGCAUGGCCAGGCCGCGUUCGACCCGUCGGAUAGGAUUAACCUCUCGAAGCGCUACUGGGGCCUUGCGUUUCACACGACGUCCUGGGAUUCGGAGCUCGUCAAAACGCACGCGGCACAGCAUCUCCCCGACGUCGACGACUUGAUCCUACCUCCGCCGACCCCCAAGCUGACGCGGAAGGUCUUCGCGAGGGCCAGAGACAAAGACUCUGCGACGGGAUGCGACUGGCUGUCCCACUCGGCCUGGCGCGCUGACCCCUUCGGGGGCCUCUAUUCCUUGGGAGUGUCUCGGGUGGAUCAUGGGCAGCCAGGUGCGGACGACAUGGCCUGGGCCGCCCUCGUCAUGAGCGUUGCGGAGUUGCGCGCCAAUUUGGUGCUUGAGAUCCCGCGCGUGCGCUUCCACAGGGCCCUCCGCUCUGCCAUGGGUCACUCGCUGCCACCGGACCUCGCG